UGAUUAGAUUAGCUUCGUACAGACAUCUGUAAUAAAACUUUUGGCAUAAAUUACCAAAAAAAUUUUGUUUGUUGAUGGUCUGACGUUCAUGUUUUCAUAGCAUGGUGUAUUUUUAUUUAUAACAGCAGUUUAAUUGGUAAUCCCAUGCAAACAUGAUUCUAAGAGAUAGAAUAUCCGGUUUAUGACAUAAUAGUGUCAUUGUGCCAGAGAUGUAUACACCCUCAAAAUUGUCAAUUAUUUUUUUCCAUUUCUAGUUGCAAAAUUGUUGAAAUACCACCUUAUGAAGACUUGGAGGUGGAUAACAUUCUCGAUUUAGAAGUAGCCACUAUGUUGUGGCAUCUCUUUGAAUGAUGAGUACAAGCUUAAGCUCAGCCUUGAUUCCGCAAAUCUACAGAGAAGUAUUUGAUGCUUGUUCCAAUGAUGGAAAGCCCAUACAUAUGGAAGUUUAUAACUACCUCCUUUCAAAUAAUGGUUUAUCAAAUAGUGAGGUGAACACUAUCCGAACUCUUGCUGGUGCUACAGAUAGCGAAAUAAACAGGACUUGUUUAUAUAAAACCCUAGCCCUAAUAGCAUGGGCACAACAAAAAAGGCAGUUGUCAGAUAAGCUUUUUGAGAAUUGUACAGAAAAAGAAAAAAAGUUUGCGGUACAAAUAAUGAGAAAAUUGAACUUACCUCAUACAAAAACCGACAUUCUACCACGUGUAACUAUUUUGAUAAACGCAGGACAGCUACGGCCAGAGUUACGGAGGUGAGGUGAAAAUCCGAGGACAUUUUAUAUUUCACAUAAUUUUAUGAAACGCAAUUUGAAUAUAUAGUCAACGCCAAACAAAGUGGCGUGCACGUCAUCAAGGUGGGUGUGUUGAAAAAUUUACAUUGUUGCCAAACUUUUUGUAAAAUAAUAAAAUUUAUUAUUUACAUAUCUAGGUUUAUAAGCAAUAUUAACCUCAAAUGAGAACAAAAAUAAUAGUAUAAUAAAAUUAUAGAUCUGUACUUGCAUAAUCAUUAAGUAUGACAAUUAUUG